AUGAGAGUCAUCUUAGAUGAAGCUCAUGAAAGAACAGUUGCAACUGAUGUAUUACUUGGCGUUCUUAAAGAUGUUUUCAUAUCAAGACUGGGGCUGAAGUUGCUAAUAGUUAUCUCUCUUCACAUGUCCAGCAAAUGUCAGUCUUAUUAUGGUAGCAUCCCCUUCAUAAGACUGGAAAACAAACACUGUGCAGAAGUUGUGUACGCCUGCAGCAUUCAAAAAGACCAUUUCCUUUCUGCUUUAAGAUUGCUUUUUGAGAUACAUCAUACAAAAGAGAGGGACGAUAUUGUGAUCUUUCCAGCAUGUGAACAACUCGUGCCGGGCAGGGAUAAUGGCAUAGCAGACGCCUUGUCUCAUUUCAAAAAAAAACACUGCAAAAAUUACAGAAGAAAAGUGCUAUUAACCAUGAGCUUUGGAGAGUUUUUCAUCUGGAUUCAUACUGUAACCUCUGCAAUUGAUAUUAGUGUAGAGAGAAGAAAUGUUAGUAAAGUAAGUGAAAUCAAGACGACAAUAAUGAAGCACAUCUGGAGUGUGUGUUACUAUAAAAUACAGGACUCAAAUCUAACUAGCAUGGUUCUUUUUCUGAGGAGGAUGGAUUUAGCAGGCUUAGGCCACUGUGAUCAUGUAGCGUGACCUACUCCUGAAAAUCUGAUGCAGGGUUUAGAAGAUCUUGAUUAUCUGGCACAGGAUAAUGAUGGAAACCUUUUUGAAUUUGGAAUAAUUAGGUCAGAGUUUCCUCAGGAUCCACAGCUGUCAAAGUCCAUUUUAGCUUCAUGUGAAUUUGACUGAAUGCUCACCAUUGCUGCUAUGGUAACAGGAAUUCCUAAAUAAUGUUUUAGUGCCAUCUAACAUCCAUCCCUUGGAACAGAGGAGGAUACUCUUACUUGCUGGCAAAAAAUCUUCCACGCCACAGGAGAUCACUAUACUCUUAUGAACAUCUACAAGGCUUACAAAGGUACCAGCACAAACUCCACAAGCCAAUGGGAGGAAGGACCAGACUCUAUAGCCUGGUGGUUAAGUCACUGGUCUGGAGAUGCAGGUUCAAAAUUUGUGGAAUUGGUACCUCAAUAAUAUUUUAGCAAUCUGCCUCCUAGUGAAAGCAGGAAGAUUCUGCAGGAAGAUCAUUUAUCGCCUGUUUCACCAAUGAAAGAGGAACACUAA